AUGACUAGGCAUAGGCAUACGGGUUGGAUUCGGGUCUUCGGGCUGGGUUUUUGUCUUUCUGGUCUUAAACAUUUAGAUCUAGAUAGGUUUGGGUCGGUUCGGCAUAAUCCAAAGCUGACACAUCUUUGCUAUUGCUUUCUACUUUUUCUUCCACUACUCUCUCAAUCCGCCAUAGCCAAUCCUUCAUCAUCGCCAAACCAUAGCAACAGUAUCAACUUCAUCGUAUCCUCAUGCCGCACCACGCGUUACCCUACUCUCUGCGUCAAAUGCCUCGCGGCUUUCGCCAGCAAAAUCAGCCGUAACGAAAACCGGUUAGCUCAAACCGCUCUAGCCGUUACUCUAGUCCGGGUUCGGUCCACGACGGCCUACGUAGCUAAGCUGACUAAAGCAAGAAGUGUCAAACGCAGAGAGUACUUAGCCGUGAAAGAUUGUGUGGAGAAUCUUGGAGAUGGCUUAACGAUGUUGGCUCAGUCAAUGAGGGAAAUGAAACGAGUGGGUCGAUCCGGUCGUGGUCGGCAAGAAUUCUUGUGGCGGCUGAGUAACGUUGAGACUUGGGUUAGCGCUGCUUUAACGGAUGAGACAACUUGUCUUGAUGGCUUUGAUGGGAAGUUUAUGGAUGGUGUGGUGAAAAUGGCGAUUAGAAGACGAGUGGUGCAUGUGGCUCGAGUUACCAGUAAUGCAUUGGCUCUUGUAAACCGGUUCGCGUCUCGUCAUAAAUCAUAGAUUCGAGUAAAAAAUCAAAAGAGUAUUCGGUCCUUAAUUAGUUUUUGUCAUAUCUUCCUUUUUCUUCUGUUUCGCUUUUGUUUCUUUAUGAUAGUUUGUAUUUAUUUGUAGUCUUGCGAUAUGUUUAUGCUUUUGUCAUGGUUUGCGUAGAGAUAACGGUUAUAUAUGUUGAGUUUAUGGAAAAAUGGCCACAAAUUAAGAGUAGUUUUGUUUA